AUGACUCUGACAGAAGAGACCACGUUUCUGCCCAGUAUGCAAGACAGCAACUCGGACCGGAUGUCUUCCCAUCAUAAAUGGGACAUCAACGACAACACUCUUCCUGUGGUUAACGAAUUUGAUGCGUUCAAAGAAUGGCCGGAUGGCAAUUGUCGGUAUGUGUAUAGUGGGGACGUGGAGGACGGACGGAGACAUGUCAGCGGCUGGGCCAUGCGAAACACUAACAACCACAAUGCUCUUAUCCUCAAGAAAUCCUGCCUGGGAGUGUUUGUGUGUAGUCAUGAUUGCUCUCUUGACAGUGGAGACAAGGUCCAUCUUAGACCCGCAAUAUGUGACAAAGCAAGAAGAAAACAAGUUGGAAAAGCAUGUCCGAAUUCCCGCUGUUCAGGGCGGUUAGAACUGAUGUCCUGUAGGGGUCACUGUGGUUAUCCUGUCACCCAUUUUUGGCGGAACCUUCACGGAGCUAUAUAUUUCCAAGCCAAAGGAAUCCAUGACCAUCCUCAACCAGAGGUCAAAGCCUCAGCAGAAGCCAGGAGACAUAACAAAAUUAUUCGACAACAAGAAAAAUUAAUGAUGAUGAAUAUUUCCGUAAGGAAACGACUGCGUGGUUCCUCUAGCACAGGUGUACACAAAGACAUACACAGAAAGAAAAUAAAAAGUUUUGAUAACAUGUGUUCCUGUUCGCCAUUUGAAUGCACGUGUACUCAUAUCCGCGUGAAUCAAUAUCAGUCCGCCUAUAUGGAUGGUCAGCAGCCGGAUGUCCUUAGACGUUCUAAUUCAUGGACUCCACAGAUAUAUGAAGCAUCGUCAUCACCAUGGCAACGACCUUUCUCACUGGAUACAAAUCACAACCAGCCAGGACUGUAUAAGUCAUGCGACUUACAGGAAAAUCGACCUUAUAUACACGAAGAACAAAAUUUGCUUUCGACACUAUUUCCAUCUAUGUCUAGCCAGUCAAGAAAUUAUUCUGACACUUCCGUCCACAACUCCGCUUUCUGUUCCAAGUCUGGUUCUGUAAACUUUUUGCAUAGAUUCGGUUCGCGUGGUAUCCCAAUGCCUGAGAUUUUGUACCCUGUUUCUAGUUUACCUGUUGAUCCUCAAGAUAGACCCGACUUUCGAUCUUCGCGACCCAUUGAUCGAUAUGGCGAAAAGGACCCAUUUGGGUUUCUAUACGAAUCUGACACGGACAAGGGUGUCGAUAAUCCUACUUCUGUUAGAGUGAAAGCUGAGCCUGGGUGCGAUGAUUCAUCAACUAAUCUGAUCGGACAAAAACAAGGUAAAGAUGCUCAAUAUCUUUCAAAUGUCAUAGGAAGUUCUCUUCACGACACCACCACAAAUAAACUAUGUGACGACUUUGUAAAUAUUGAUGUGUUAGAUCACAGCUCACAGCUUUCUACGUAUCCUGAUACAACUGAAUCGGAUGUGUUUCAGUCCUUUGUACCCCGGUUCUCUUCCGACAUCCCUAACAUGCCCCCUAGCACAACUGGACAAUGUCAGAUGGUAACUUCUUCCACACCACAGUACGUCGAACUCAAACCGAUGAAACGGAACAACGACUCGCGACAUCGACGGCCUUCGGACGGUAUUCAGACUCCUUUAAGUUAUAGUGCUAAACAAUCAGAUCAUUCUAGUCAGAAACAAUCCGACUCUACUUACCAAUCCAGUGUGUUCAAUGAAUGCUUGCCUUUUGGAGAUGUUUCUUCCCAUUCUGCAGGUGUAGCUCAGAGAUCUCUUCCGAGCAGGUGUGACCUGCCCACAGGGUCCACCCGGCCCUACGGGAACGAGGGCCACUGUGGACACUAUCACAACGAUAUGUAUCAAUGUCCUUCGAGUAAUUGUUCACAAAUGAAACAACAAUUAUGUAAUCAUAGCAUUAACAUAACACUCACCUAUAAUUGA